AUGCGCAAACGCAUCAUCAUCUGUUGCGAUGGCACCUGGCAAUCCUCCGUCAAUGGGAAGGACAAUAUCCCCUCUAACAUAACCCGCCUCUGUCGUGCAAUCAACAGCAUCGGCAUUGACAGCAAGGAUCACAAGCCCUGGCAACAAAUUGUCUGGUAUGACUCGGGUGUGGGCACAACUUCGGCGGGAAUGAUGAGUACCGGUAUUGAAGGAGCGUUGGGUGAAGGCCUAGAAGGGAACAUCAUCGAAGCAUACAAUUUCUGUGUCCUAAACUGGAACCCAGGCGACCAGGUUAUGUGCUUUGGGUUCUCGCGCGGCGCGUACACAGCAAGGGCCAUUGCAGGCCUGAUUUCGGACAUCGGGAUCUGCUCCAAAACCGACAUCGGGGAUUUCCCUGAGCUGUGGAAGAUGUACAAAAAGACUAAGCUGGGAGGCAGGUUUUAUGGUAGUGAUGCGUAUUAUGACUAUCACGAUGGGAAGCCGGCCGAUCCGCAGCCUGAGGAGCAACCAUGGGGGGAGAUUGUAUGGGAGUCUACUCCGAGGGGGCAGUGGGCUUCUACACCCGAGUCCAGGGAGGUUGAGGUUGUAGGUGUCUUUGAUACGGUUGGCGCGCUGGGGUUCCCUGAGGUGCUGGGGUAUCGGGUUCCUUCGUGGUUGACGUGGACAGAUAAGCCCGAGUGGCAUAAUGUGGGACUUUCGCCGAAUAUCAACAACGCCUUCCAAGCAUUAGCUCUUGAUGAGCACCGCCGAGCGUUUACACCAACAAUCUUUUACGUUCCCACUAUCGCACCAGCCUCCGACACGGAGAUCAAAGAACAGAAGGAAGUUUUGCGCAAGGCAUACCGAGAAUGGAGUGAGCUUGUGACGAGCCAUCGACCCGCCGUCGAGGAUUUGCGGCGCGUAGCCAAGGUCCGCAAUGAAGCAGCCCGGAAACUCCUAGAAAUGGAGGAUAGCAAGACAACACCUCCCAAUCUCGUGCAGGUGUGGUUUCCAGGCUUCCACAUCCAUAUUGGGGGCGGCUCCAAGGAGACGUUGAAGAAUCAAGGGAACAUGGAAGAGAUGUCGAACAUAGCCUUUUCAUGGAUGCUCGACCAAAUCAAGGAGUACAUCUCGAUCAACGAUGACACGCUGCGGUCGGAACAAUGGAUACGUCAAGACCGUCUAGACCGCUUCAACAAUGCGCUUAAAUGGCACAAUGAAUGCGUCGAGCGACGCAAGGCAGAAUCGUGGGGGGAGUGGCUGAAGCGAAAUGGUCAAUGGGCCGUCUCAUCGAUUCGGCAUCCCCUGACGCAGGCAUACCGAGAGGAACGGAGUUAUGGGUGGGGUACUGGUGACUUGCCUGAUAGCUUCGGGGUCGCUUAUGUGGCCAAUGGUUCGAAGACGCGCACGCCGGGUCGCUAUGCCCUCGGUAAGGAUGAUAAAAAGCUAGGCGAGACCUUCGAGUAUAUCCAUCCCACGGUUGGAUUCCGUGUGGAUCAAACUGCAAAGCACUCUGACACGCGCAAGCAUUAUCGCCCAAUCUGGUUGACUGGCGAUCGGUAUGAUCGUCGACCAAAGAAGAGCGGCAAAGGAUACGAAUAUUGGUUCAAAUAUAAUGGCACGUCCAGUUAUGAGGUGUUGCCUGAAUGGCCAAUAGCAGCACACGUCAAGUCUUACGAGCGGUUAGCGAUUCAGGGGCCAGCUGCGUUUGAAGUGGUUCGUUUCAACCAUGUCGCAAGGAGGAUGAGUUUCUCGCGUCACGCCUACGACGGCUUCUUAGCCAACUUGAGAUACGUAGGCGUCAGUUCGAACAACAAAAGCGGCGCAGGUCUUUGGAUGAACAAUGAUUUUUGGCCUCAAAUUAUGUUGGAUAUUUGGUGA